GGAUGAACGGUGGCCCUGGCUGCUCCUCUCUCGAAGGUUUGCUGCAAGAGAAUGGACCUUUCAGCUGGGCCUGGGGUCAGGCCAAACCAACGGUGAAUCAACAGAGCUGGACCAACCUCUCCUCUGUCCUUUGGGUGGAGCAACCUGUUGGUACCGGAUUUUCCCAAGGCAUCCCAGAUACACAGAAUGAGGAUGAUGUCGCUACUCAACUCGUCGGCUUCAUGCAGCAGUUCCUUGAGGUUUUUUCGGAACUCAAAGGCAAAAAGCUGUAUCUAACGGGUGAAAGUACCAAUGCAGAUAUCGCAAACUAUAUCUACGAGAACCCCACUCUAUUAGACCUCUCGUUGCAGGGAAUAUGGAUCAGUGAUCCCUCAAUCUCAUGGGACGUAGUGCAAGAGGAGAUCCCUGCAGUGGACUUCAUGAACAAAUACGCUGGUCUCUUUUCUUUCAAUCAGACGUUCAUGAGCCACCUCGAGGAGAAGGCCGUGACGUGCAAUUAUACUGGUUACAUGGAUAAGUAUGAGACUAUCGAGUUUGCACAGGGCUGUGACGUUUGGGACGACAUUUUCAAUAAUGCACUGAUUAUCAAUCCCGCCUUCGAUAUCUAUCGCAUCUGGGACACUUAUCCGAUUUUAUGGGAUGCUGACGAAAACCUAGAGGAAGCUAUCCACGCGCCUGUUGACACCGAGUGGUCGGAAUGCUCCAAUAUUAACGUCUUCCCCAACGGAGACAACAGCUUGCCCCCUGCCCUGACUGUAUUACCGAGUGUUAUCGAGAAGAACCAGCGGACCGUCAUUGUGCACGGUCUCGCUGAUUUUAUCCUCAUUGCCAAUGGAACCAGAAUUGCCAUUCAAAAUGUUUGGUGGGAUGGCUUGCAAGGAUUCCAGACGCCUAUCGCUGACGACAGCUUCAUUGUUGAUGGCGUGGGUGCCUAUGGGACGAUGCACUCAGAGCGGGGACUUACUUAUUACGAAGUAGCGUUGAGUGGACAUAUGAUUCCGCAGUUUGCGCCAGUAGCCGCCUUCCAGAUUAUGCAGUACCUGAUGGGCUUUAGGGACACACCCUAGACAGAUACUU